AUGAGACUCGCCGCCAGCCGCCCAUCCCCGCCGGUCGCCACCCUCCUCGGCCGCUGCCGCACACCGCGCUGCCUCGCCCAGCUCCACGCCCGCAUCGUGCGCCUCGGCCUCCACAACCAGCACGCCCUGCUCGCGCGCUUCGCCGCCGCCUGCGACGCCCUCGCCGCCCCCUCCGUCGCCGACUCCCUCCUCUCCGCCCUCCCUCCCCACGCCGUCCCGCUCAGCCUCCGCAACACCCUGCUCGCCUCGCUCUCCCGCCACUCCCCGCUCCACGCCGCUCUCGCGCAGUUCACUCUGAUCCGCCGCACCGCCUCCCCCGACGCCUUCUCUUUCCCUUCCCUCCUCCGCGCGUGCGCCCGCGUGCCAUGCGUGCACACCGGCUCCGCGCUGCACGCCGCGGCCAUACGCCUCGGCGUCGACACCGACCUCUUCGUCCGCACGGCGCUCAUCCAGUUCUACGGGAGGUGCAGCGCCGCCGGAGCAGCCCGGGCACUGUUCGACUCAAUGGUCAUAACCAGCGAGGUUUCCUGGACCUCCAUCAUCAUGGUCUACGUCGACUGCGGUGACAUCUUAUCCGCCCGGGAGUGUUUUGAUCGAAUGCCACACAGGAACGUGGUCCAUUGGAAUGCCAUGGUUCACGGGUAUGUCAAGUGCGGGGACCUGGACAGUGCAAGGAGGCUGUUCGAAGAAAUGCCCCAAAGAACCGCUGCGGCACACACAUCGCUGAUUGGUGGGUAUGCAAAGGCAGGGGAUAUGCAAGGUGCCAAGCUGCUGUUCGAUAAGCUGCAGGACCGGGAUGUGUUCGCGUGGUCUGCGAUGAUAUCAGGCUAUGCGCAGAAUGGCUACCCUCGAGAGGCUUUAAGGAUUUUCAACCAGUUUCGUCAGAAAGACAUAUGCCCAGAUGAGCUCGUUAUCGUUGCUCUCAUGACAGCCUGCUCCCAGCUGGGUAACAUCAUGUUGGCCAAAUGGAUUGAAGGUUACAUUGUGCGCUAUUCUAUAGAUAUGAGCAAUGCCCAUGUGUUGGCGGGUCUCGUGAACAUGAACGCAAAGUGCGGGAACAUGGAGAGGGCUACUGUUUUGUUUGAGUCUAUGCCGGUUCGAGAUGUGUUCUCGUACUGUUCAAUGAUGCAAGGCCAUUGCCUCCAUGGUUCAGCUAACAAGGCUGUUGAGCUUUUCUCUAGGAUGCUCUUGGAGGGCCUCUCUCCAGAUAACGCCGUGUUUACGGUUGUUCUGACAGCUUGCAAUCAUGCUGGCCUGGUUGAAGAAGGGAAGAAGUACUUUGGCAUGAUGAAGAAUGAGUACUUGAUCGUGCCAUGCGGCGAUCACUAUGCUUGCCUUGUAAGUCUUCUUGGACGUUUUGGGAUGCUGAGAGAUGCAUAUGAGAUUAUCAAGUCAAUGCCUGGAAAACCUCAUCCGGGAUCAUGGGGUGCAUUGUUGGGUGGAUGCAUACUCCAUGGUGAUGUUGAACUUGGAAAAAUUGCAGCGCAGAAGCUCUUUGAAGUUGAACCCGAUAAUGCUGGGAAUUAUGUCUCCCUGUCAAAUAUUUAUGCUAACAUUGACAGAUGGGUGGAUGUUUCUCAAGUUAGAGCUGAAAUGACUGGAAAAGGGAUCACGAAAAUAGCAGGUCGAACCCUUGUUCUCCAGUGA